AUGGUCGAAGAAGCAAGUGUGUUGGAGGAGGAGGAGGAGGAGGAGGAGGAGGAGGAGGAGGAGGAGUACCUGCAGCUCACCACCUCUCCCGAAAAGAUAAUUUUUUGUGAAGUCCUUGAUUUCUGUCCGGUCAAUCAGCUUGUGAACUCUACUCAACAUGGAUUUUUACCUAAAAACUUUUGCAAAAUUUGUCAUUUAGCACCGCUUAACCUUAUCACUUGUCUUUUUAGUGAAAAUCAGUCAAUUUUGUUAUCUUUUUUGAUCUUAUUAAAGCCUUCAUCGUUCAGCAAAUCUGAAUGUCCUAUUUAUCCAACCGCUUUUAGAAGGUUAUGGUUGGUAAUUGCUACUCAACAUCUCACCCAAUCACUAGUGGCGUACCUCAAGGAGCGGUUCGGAGUCUGCUGCCCUUUCUCCUUUGCAUUAACGACAUUUCAACAGUAAUCGGUAAUUUGCAAACGUUUUUUUGCACUGACGACCUUUAGUGAGCCUAUCCACUUUCUAAGGGCUGCAUAAAUAUUUGCCUUGAAAAAGCCCACUCAAGGCUUUCCGAUCUCAUAUUUUUGCAAAAUAAACCUCUGUCAGAACGCUCUACCAUAAGGGAUCUACGUCUAAGUCAUACGAAUUAGUUAGCAUUAUCACCUCAUUCAGAUAGAACGUCUGAGAAGGCCGUGCAGAUAUAUGCUUUCAUAUAGAAAAAUUCUUUUUCCUCGAAAUAUACGUAAGACUUUGUCACGUAUGUGUCUUUCCCAUCGUCGAAUAUUGCUUACCUUUCUUUGGCCUGAUUAAUGCCCGCGACCCAUGGUAAAAUCAAAAGCAUUCAGAGAAUUUUUACUCGAUGACUCUCCUCUCUUUCUGGAUCCAGUAUUUCUUACACUGGGAGAUGUUAGUUGACGAACGCUAAAUUCUUGUGAGUUAGAAGGCUCGAGGCCGGCCUUUUCUUCCUGUUUCGCAUAAAUUCUAGCCCUAACCUUUCACGCGUUUGCGUUCUCACUCCAGUAGAUCCACUCUAUGUCGCUCGUAAUUCCUCCAUAGUCGUUUCACCGCCUCCCUACUCUGCUCUCAAGCGUUUGCUUUUUUUCUCAAAAUAUGCUUUCCUUUGGAAUAAUUUUUCAUUUGAAUCUAGGUCGUCACCUAGAUUAUCCAUAUCCAGACCGGAGUUAUGGAAGCAUCCUAGCUCCAAAGAUAUAAAGUCAUCAUUGCACGUUUCAUUCCGAAACAAUCAACUUCUGGACUUUUAAAAAGGUUCUUUUUUAAUUUGGCGGUAGAUCUUGAAGACUUUACUUAUUCGGUUGGAAACUCUCAUUUUAUUCUAACGGGUCGCAUACUGUUAAUAGGUUGCUUAAUCCACUGACAUCGUCCCCUACAGCGAUGGACUUCGCAGCCUUGAAUCUUCUCCCCUUCCGAUGCGUCCCUAAGGGAAAUGUUGACGAUCGUGGUGGGUUCUUCCGUCUCAUCACCAUGACGGUUUUUUCCGCAGUCCGCUAAAAUGUAGUAUGAUCGCAUCUACUGCGUUAUGGAUUUAAUGGCAGAUAAUGCAUGCCUAACUUAGUUAACUGGAAACUUUCAUUCAGAUUUUCACAACCCCCUGUUUUUAAUUUGCUGUUAAAUCCAUUGCCAUUACCCCCCUCUCCUCUGCAGCCAUGAUUUUCGCGGAUGUUAAUCUCGUUUCCUCAUUUAGGCCCCAAGUGAUCUGUUGAAGAAACUCUGUUUUCUCCACCUGAUAGUAGUUUAGUUGGUCAUCAAAGAAGUAUCACGGUCGCAUCUUCCUGCACUUUAAUAACCCUCAAAGCCUUUAAUGUCCUCUCCCCGCCUGGAUUCUAGGCGGACUGUGAUCGAUCGCGAUGGGUUCCUCCUGUCUCGCCUCCUUGACGGUUGUUUCUGCUGUCAUCCCAAAAGUAGUAUGAUCGCAUUCGCAGCGAACAGCCUCUUCGGCUUUACGAAUCCCUCCCUUGACAUGGAAGGUCUUGAACCGUAGUGAACUCUCACCAGCAGAACUAUCCUCUCCCACACGCAUAUUUCUCAAAAGCGGCAGUUUUGUUCUCUUAAAAUCCCACUGGUCAAAUUAAUCUUUCUACCCUUUUCGGCAAAUUACCCAAAUAGUUAUCCUCAUAUUUGCCAUCUUCAUCUCUCCUUGGCGACACCGGUUGGCGGAUUUCUACUUCGUCAGUGGUCAUUAUUAUAAACACGUACUGACCACUGUACAUGUUUGCUCAUGCGUUUCGAAAUUUUCAUCAACAGUACCCAUAAAAAUGUUCAACAAAACAAUUAUUACUAUUAUUAACUCUGUACUAGCCGUGAUCCAGCAAACACGCCUUGCAAACGCGACCAACGCUCUCUUACUUGGCCUCGGCGUCCUCGGCACAAGAAAACUCGGCAACCAUGGGGUGUAGGACCCCCAACUAACUUGAGCUAGCCUGUUGGCCGUGUCAUCAGUUUAAUGGUGAUAAAGGGGGUUUGCGGGUGGGGCAACACACAGGACGGAGAGCAAAAAGACACAGAAAAUAGACAAAAUUCUGCCGGAAGUCUUAUCACACCCUGUCAUUUGGCAAGGAUAGUAGGCACGAUAAUUUAAAAAAUAAACAAAGGGCAAUUUUCGAAAAAACGGACUUUGAUUAAGGCGCCGCUGGUAGGUUUACAUUUAGUCAGCAAAGGAAGGAAGUUUCAAACAAUGGGAACGAUGAAUACUAAGUGAUGUUUGCAAUCACGAUAAAUUUAAGGGUAUAUUUGUUGGGUUGUCAUCUACUUGGAGGUCAAAAACCCUAUCGCUACCGAAAACUCCUCACGUUCCAUUCCAUGUGACUCGCGUUUACUUUUUCUCAGCCAAAAGGGCCUUUUUUAAUCGCCUUCCAGUCUGUUGCGAGAGGUCUCCCGAUGAAUCUCUUCUGCGUUUCAAGCUAUUUCGCUAACUUCAUCGAUUUCGAACGAGCACGACAAUAUUGCAGGAUAAUGCCCCCUUUCACCGCUCAAAGGAGAUAUGAUUCCAAUUCAACUUACGGCUAUAAUGUAAUUUUCUAUGCCACAACCUGUCUCUCCGCCUGCAGUCUGCGAAGUAUUCUUAUUCCCUCUGAUAGCCCGGACCUCACCCCGACUGAAAUAUUUUUUGUCCUAAUGAAAAAAAUUGGGACGAGGCAAGAAAACGUCUUUAAAUGCAGCGAAAAGUGGAUUUUGUGCUUAAUAAUUUUAUAGGCCAAACCACCAUAGACGACUUAGUAGUCUCAAUGUCCUCCUGACUUGCGUCAAUUUUAAAAGCAAGCGGGCAAGCAGCAAGGUAAUAAUACGUUUUAUUUUCCAUUGUUUUCGUCAUUUUGUCGUUAUGUGGCAUCUUCCUGCCCCGCUGGCAGUUAGACAAGGCCUUAGAAAGUUGACCUGUCAUAAGGUCGUUUCUUUCGAUUUGGCGCUUUUUCACAGUUAAUAAACGAUGCAGUAUAAACCAAACUGUGUCGUCUUUUGAAGCUCGGUCGAUUCUUUAACGUAGUAUAACUUUCGUGGAUGCGGGGUGGGCGGUUAGUGUGCAGUUUGUGACCUUUCAUCGGAUAGGUCGAGAACUGUACCUCCAUUUAUGCACAUCCACAUCCGGGCUGGUCGUGCAUGCUUACCCAUGGCUUGGCUUUAAAGCAAACCUCACGGACGGUUUAUUUGACUGAGUGAAACCCUGUUCGCCUGGGCUAAAAGACUGUCACGUGAUCGGCAUGGCGACGACCCGGUAAGAGCGCAUGCCAUUGUCAUGAUAUGAGGUGGAUGCCACCCGGUUUUAUACUUUUCCCUCGAGGCAGCGAUCGUCCUCUUUGAGUUCGACGGCGGCGAUACCGUGUGGGGUCUAUACUUAAACAGUUACCCAUAGCCUACCGCAUUCGGCGGCUGGGAGGGUGAAUGUCGACGCCCAGUUCUACCGCAGAUAAGGUUGGUGUUACGCAAUUGCGCCGGUUUCACGGCUGCUCCUGCAUGGAGCCGUAUUCUAACAUUUUCGACGUCUUUAACUGACCUUCACUGAGAUCAAAUCCGGUAUGUGCCACCGAGGGUCUCCCUUUCAGACAAUAGGUUUGGAAUCCUACCCCUCCCCCAUUUCUUUUUUUGUUUUAAGAACCAGAUGAGACAUACACAUCAGUUUGUAUGUCGAAAUGUGUCUUCGGGGCCGCCGCUCGUUUUGGUUAAACUUUUACACACUCCUUUGUCAAACCUUCCUUUCACUUAAUUUAACGACUUCACUGUAUUUUGCGAUGUAAGUCCUCUUGAGCGUGGUGUCCCUAGUGGUAGGGAACCCAAGUCACUCAUUGAAGCUAAUUGGGUCAUGGAAAACAACAUCGGCUGGCAGAAAACCAGUUUCGUGGACCGUGGGAGGGUCGGAAGAAGUGGUCUGAGCUCGCUAACUGAAUGGCUGCGUGCCGACGAUAUGAUUGUUAGUCACCCCAUCAAGGCUCAAACUCAGUUCCAGCUUCCGAAGGAAGGUCUGUACGGCGUAUGUGUAUGGAUACUGGAAAACGAUCUUACACUUAAUAAUCAGAAAUCAAUCCAAAGUGUAGAAUGUUAUUACCGACAAAGACAAGGGAGGCUGAAGUGGCCAUUUCUGACUUAUCGGUCGUCGUCAGUCAGUCAUACCCAACCCCGAAGUGUGGAACACCUGGGGCUCGAACUCGCGACCUAUCAGUUAGAAGUCCCACGUCUCUAACUACUGAACCACGUGCCCAUUGUGAUUAAACUCGCGUCGUUCUGCGGGGCCUCGUAGCUCAGGUGGUUAGAGCGUUGGCUGUACUAAAGCCUUCCACUUACUGUGUGGGUUCGACUCCUACCGAGGCGCCGAGUUUUUCACAGUUGGGUCAAUAUGAAUUAUUCGAAAUCUGCCAAAACAUCUAUAAGCAUCUAGAAAAUAUCUGUUUAUUUUAGGGCGUACUCAUCGGAUAACUACUUCAACUGUCAGUGUUCCUCAUGUCUUUUUCGGGUGAUAUCUUGAUAAAACGGCAAUCCACAAUAAUCAGACAAUUCGGUGUUGGUCAUCCCCUUCACCCCGAAUCGCUGCGAAGUCUUUUAACGCCAUGGCUUCCUGCUCGUCCCUUGCAUUAUCGUAUUAUCGUUUCUGGCACGGCAUCUUACAUAUAAAGAGAUUGCAAUUUUAGAAACCUAGACCAGACCUGUCACCAUAUUGGUUGUACAUUUUUAUGUAAAUUUAUUUAAUUUCUCGUCAUUUGCUUAUUUGUAUUCUGACCACGGAGAAUGGAGAACGUUUUUCCGAAAAUUUUGAAAGAGCAUUUUUUAACUAAUGCGUAUUUCUCUCUUUCCCUCUGCCUCUUUAUCCAGAACCAGGAACGCGGUAAGAUGUGAUUAUGUAGCCGCACCUGAUGGACACAAUACUGUUGGGGUUGGAGUUAAGGGUGAGAAGUUAUGGUUUGGGGUUAGGGUUGCGGUUAGGGUUAGGGGCUAGAGUUGGGGGUUAGAGGUUAGGGGCUAGAGCAACUAUUUUUCAACCGCUCAAAGUGCAACCGCGCAUUCCCAAUAGCUUUUCUUGUGCAUACAACUACUUGACCUCGUCGCCUGUGCACUCCCCGGCCCCACCUGCAAAAACCUCCAUUACCACCGGUGCCGCAUUACAGGUGGCUGGGUUUUGUUCACUUCAGGUGGGGCUACAUAACCACAUCUGACCGAAAGACGAUAAAAAAAUAUUGGUUGGUCUGGGUCUGGGAACGCAUUCCUGUUACCGGUUGUCCCUCAUCGGCGUUACAGCCCAUGCUCAGGGUUUAUGGCAGCCGAAGGUCCGUUUAACAUGGUCGUGUUUCGAUCAGCGCGCUAAUUUAAGCUAAAAUUACCUACAUCCACCAAGUAGACGAGGCUACACUGAUCCAGGUAUGCGGCCACAUGCGUCAUAGAGGGGUUAAUCCUACUUGGAAGUACAGAAGGCUCGAGGCAAAUAUGCCAGUCCCGGGUCGGUGCUGCAAAGGAGACGAGAGCGCGAUCACUGCAACGGUGGGUAAAUCAGCCUUGUCAGCACACUACGUCAACGCGACUAGGUGGCGCCGCCCACUUCCCGGUCAAGGGCGCACACCAUCACCAAACCGUGAGAACACUGUGAGUUAGGCGACAUGAGGUCGUCCCAUUCAGGGACACCAGCCCUUGCCUCCCCUCCCCCUGUUCGACUACAAGUAUUCACUUGCUGCACUCCCAUAGUCUCUGGCGAUGGGCUCCUGCCGGAGUCCGGAAGCUCAGACUGGUGCACCUACUGUUCCAGCGAUCGCGCGUUCAUCUUCUUUGGACACUGAAAAGCCUGUAGGCACUGAGAGGGAGGUCAGUGACGCAUAA